AUGGCAGAUUUCGCUCAUCAUCAUGAUGGCCGAGUACUCCACGCAGGGCAUUCCCACGACAUGGAGGGCGUGGAUAUCUCAGAAGGUGACCCCGGCUUUGCCUUGCUUCUCACCCUGCUCGCCGGCUUGGCUACGACGGUCGGCGCAUCAAUUGCUUUCUGUGCCAACACAGAGGACAACCGCGUAUUCGCGAUUUGUCUGAGCCUGUCGGCUGGGGUGAUGGCAUAUGUGUCCUUCUCCGAGAUUCUGGAUAUGACGAAGCAGAGCUUCAAGGAGGCCAACCUCACAGAUAGGAGGCAGCCUGGCGAAAUUGUUAUAAGUGACGCCCCCGUGCCGCAAGCAGAUUCCGAAAAGCCUCUGCCCGACGUGUGCGGCAAGUCCGAGCGGUUGAACAUGUUGCAGAUGGCUGCAUUCUCAGGGAUUGCUGUCGCCUUGCACAACUUCCCCGAAGGCAUCGCAACCUUCAUUUCGACCAUGGGCGAUCCCAGCUUUGGACCAGCCAUGGCUUUCGCCAUUGCCAUGCACAACAUCCCCGAAGGGUUGGUUGUGGCAGCACCCAUCAAAAAGGCCACCGGCUCGAGGUGCAAGGCUUUUUCUUGGGCCUUCGCUUCCGGCCUCUCCGAACCACUAGGCGGGCUACUGGGAUGGCUAGUCCUCAAGGACAUACUCGGGCCCAUAACCUAUGGCAUCUUUUAUGGCCUUACGGCCGGGAUCAUGAUCCACGUCACCUUCAAGAAACUGCUGCCGACUGCCCUGAAGUACGACCCGGACAAUCGCUACACGUCCUACUCCUUCUUUAUCGGAAUGGCCAUUAUGGCUAUCUCCAUGAUAGCCUUCAGAAGCGUGGGGAAGUGCGGGUGUCUGGAUGACGUGUUGGAGUUUUCCUCUCGGUCGAUGUUUGCGAAUGUCAGUGCGCAGCUGUACUUGUGGCGCCCGGGUCUUUGCUGGCCGCUGGCACUCCGCCAUGAUUACUCGGGACCAUCGCCUGUACGUUUGGGGCCACCCCAGCAAUCGGAAGCUGGGCCAUGCUGGCUUCAACCACGAUGGCACCGAGGCCGGCGAAAAUCCGGCAGUUGGCGGCGGCAGGGCUUCGCAGAAGAACAAGGUCGACCACGCUUGGUUUUCGCAAUGCUGCACCGGCGGGUCAGGAGCGUAGGCUUGGGUGACGAGUGCACCGUCAUCGUCUCCGGCGACGGAGGCCGCGAGCACGAGGAGGAUCCGCUGAUGCCGGGCCUCGCCUCCGUGGCUCCAUCCGACAUGUCCAAGGCCUCCGGGAUGGAGUUUCCCCGGGACUUGCCGGACCUCGAGGCAUUGGAAACACCCGCGGAGAACAGCCGCGAGGAAGACGAAGAGGGCGUCUGCAUGCAAAAAGAGCAAGAAGCACCAGUUCCUCACGCCGUGGCUGUGCUGAAUUGCGGGGGAGCAGAGUUUCAAGGUGUCAUGGUUGCCGAAGGUUGCUCUGCUGCUUCGGCAUGCUUCUCUUUCACCCUGGAGUUGGGCUCCAUACGCGUGCCAAUCCAAAGCGAGCUCCGCAAAAGUGGUGCAGUGCCGGUAUUGGCUGACAGAAUCCUCCAGCAGAAGUAUAUCGAAGGGACGGCAACAGAAGAGCGUUUUCCAACCGAGAGUGCACUGGACUCGGUCCGUCGAUUAAGGAAAGAGCUGCCGCCGAAGCCCAUUGUAUGCAUCCUUGGCGGCACGGCCAUCUCGAAGCCGGAUACCCAGGAGACUGUUAAGGAAUUGGCCGAUGCUUUGAGUGCCAGAGUGGGUUCGCGAGCCGUCUUCAUGACCGGUGGCAUGGCAGGAGUCCAGAAGUCAUUCGCAGACAGCUGCCCUGAACACAUGCCGCUCUUUCACCUCACGCCUUUUGGUGAAAAGAGCAACUUCGACAUGGGCCAGGAUGUCCAUGCAGGUGUUUCCUUGGCGGAAAGAAAGGACGUGUACGGUUUGCUUGGUGAUCUGUACAUCACGAUCGAGGGCGGGCCGGGCGUCGCUGGAGAAGCCAAGGCUGCCGCUGAGCGCGGCGCAGCUGUGAUACCUCUGAUUCGCAGCGGGGGCGCCAGUGCAGGGAUGUUCGACUUCCCGACAGCAGCCCUGAACAAGCCUGUUUGGGCUCUUGAACCACAGUGGGCUCUUCUGUCGAAGGAGGAAGCCGCAAACAAGGAGGUUGCGACUGCCAUGGUUUUGCUCGUGGAGUGCUAUUUGCAGGAUCUUCACAGCAGAGGAGGGCGAAACAACUCUACUACUCCCUGGUCGCCGUCGCUGGUGCAAUGA